CUGCAGAAAUGGAUGUAACCACAUAGCCCACAGGGGGCCAGCAUGUAUUUAAAGUUUGAACUACACAGAGCCAUAUUUGAGGUAUGCUGAAAGGCCCAGCUGUCUUCCCAAGUCUGCCAAGACUCUUUAGCCGGUACACAUCUGCUACAGGACUCAGAAGAACUCAUUAAUGCUCCUUAAAGUUCUGUUUCAUAACAGUGACCACCAACAGUCUUGAUUAGCAGAAGAAAAGGCAAACUAGACCCGGACCUUCACUGACAUCUCUUCUGGAUUUCUGGCUUGGCACGUAAGCUUCGAACGGCCUCUGCCCUUAUCUUGCUUCCUCCUUGCUAGCCUGGCAGAUUUAUAGCCAAGCUGCCGGCUGAGGACUUACGGCCUGGCAAUUACCAAGGAAUCUCCAGCCCUGCCUGCACCCCCACCGACACUGCUGUCUCAGUGAAGAGCUGACAAGUUGCUUCUUUGGGUUAAAGCUCAUAAAACUACAGUAAUCUGCAGAAAGCCAAAGACAACAAUACUGUAAUCUGUCAAUAUGGCAACCGCAGUCAUGCGUAUGCAAACUAAAGUCCAGGAGCAUCGCUCUGUUGUCUCCAGCUCCAGCUCCAGCUCUACCUCAAUGCAGCACAUGUCUCACACUACCAAAAUUCUGGGAGAGGACACGUUUUCGACUAAGAAGACUUCUGUUGUAGAGCAGUUCAGCAUGGUCUCUCGCUCCCUCGAGAUCCCUGCAGGAGAGAGCAUCCCAGAAUUUGUGGAGAAACCUCAUCCGCUAACAGCCCCUGAAGGAGACAAAGCUGUAUUUAGAGCCAAAGUGAAAGGGAACCCAAAACCCAGCAUCACGUGGAAAAGAGAAAGUGGGAUCCCAAUCAAAGAAGGAUCAAAGAUGUUUUUUGACAGCAUCAAUAAGGAAUAUGUACUUAAGUUGGAAAGCCUCACAACAGAUGAUGCAGACAAUUACAAGUGUGUUGUUUCCAAUGACCAUGCUGAUAUCAUCUAUACUGUGUCCUUGUGUGUUACUGAGUGUCAAGAAAAGCUGGAUUUCAAAAAAAUGUUGAAGAAAAGGGGGCCUCCAGCUCCAAAGAAAAAAGAGAAGAAAACGAUAGGUGAAAAAGAAAUGCUGGAGAUUCUCUCCAAGGUACCCAAGAAGGACUUUGAGAGGGUCUGUGCGGAAUAUGGCUUCACAGAUUUCCGAGGACUUCUUAGAAAGCUGAAGGAGAUGAAGAAAAAAGUCGAAGUUGAGGCCGUAAAAGUUCUGAAACCUCUGGAGGAUAUUACUGCUAAGGUGGACUCUACAGCAGUAUUUGAUUGUAUUUUAGAACUCAAGGAUCCCAAUAUGAAGAAGAUAUGGGUAAAGGGUGAAGAACCUUUGCGUUUUCAAUAUUCCAUAGGAAAAUAUGAAACUAAGCAGAUGGGCACUAAGUUUAUGCUCUACGUCAUGAAUGUGACUCCAAAUGACAUAGGCACAUACAGUCUUUUCGUGGGAGAUAAGCAUCUCUCUGCACGAUUGAAAGUAAUCGAUGAACCCCUGAAGUUUUUGGCAGACCUGAAACCUCUGACAAUAACUGAGCGGCAAACUGCUGUGUUUGAGAUCCGCCUUUCCAAAAAGGUGCCCAACUUUGCCUGGAAGUUCAAUGGGAAAGAGCUGAAGCGGGAUGAUAAGUAUGAGAUCAUCACAUCGGAGGAUGGCUUAACUCACACACUGAAAAUUAAGGAUGUCCGUCCAAGUGACACUGGUAAUGUCACUUUUGAAGCUGGAGAUCUCAUGACUAACGCUGAGCUUUUCAUUCAGAGAACACCAAUAAAGUUCAUCAGAAACUUGAAGAAUGUCCGAGUCAAGGAGAAGGGCAAAGCGUGCCUGGAAUGUGAGCUAACCACUAAAGAUGUUACUCUGAAAUGGCUGAAGAAUGGGACGGUCAUUCAGAGGUCUAAAAAGUAUAACAUGACCCAUGAAGGGAAGACGGCAGAGUUGACCAUAGAUGAUGCUGAGCUGAGUGACUCAGGAGAUUACAUGGUGGUUGCCAUGCAAGAAAAUGAUCCCACAGAGUACUACAGCAAUUGUAAUGUAACCGUGGAAGAGAGAUUUGCUACAGUAAAGAGUGGCUUAUCAGAUAUCCAAGCUGCAACCGGGGACCCAGCAGAACUCUGCGUUGUCCUGAAUGAUGAGAAGGUAGAAGGUGUUUGGCUGAAGGAUGGUAAGGAGAUUACAGAUAUGAAAGGAAUCCAAAUUGUCAAACAAGGGGCUGUCCACAAGCUGAUCAUUGACAAGAUGGGAGAGGACUCUGAAGGGAAGUACACUUUCAGAGCGAAAGGGGUAGAAAGUGAGGCCACGGUCAGCAUUGCAGACCCCCCUUUUAUUGAUCCAUUUGUGCUGGAAGCUUUAGCUGCACAUCCAGUGACGGUGAAAGCAGGACAGACAGCCUACAUCAAAGUGCCAUUUAAGGGCAAACCCCUGCCCAAAGUCACCUGGUUCAAGGAUGGUAUUGAGGUGACUGAAGAAGAGAGAGUAGUGAUAGAAAGAACGAAUGAUCAAGCACUGCUCACAAUCAAGAACUGUGUGAGGGAAGACAGCGGGAAUGUCAUGCUGAGACUGAAAAGCAGUUGUGGAACAGCCGUUGCUCAUUUGCACCUCAAUGUUCUUGACAAACCAAAACCACCACAAGGAAAAGUGGAAUUCCUGGAGAAGACAGGGAAGUGUGUCAAAAUGAAAUGGAAAGCACCCAAGGACAAUGGAGGCAAGCAGGUGACCCACUUCAUUAUUGAGAAGAGGAUGGCUGGGAAGAAAUCAUGGGCCAAAAUUGGGGAGGUUGAGAGCAAACACACCACGUUUGCCACAGAUAAGGUAGAAGAAGGGAAAGCCUAUCAGUUCCGAAUCAUGGCUGUCAACUCUGAGGGUGUUAGUGAGCCAUUGGAGACGGAAGAGAUCUUUGCUGGGGAUCCUAUUGACCCCCCAGGCACGGCCUCUCAACCUCAAGUUACUGAUGUUACCAAAGAUGCUAUUACUAUUACCUGGAAUCCUCCAGCUAAAGACGGUGGCUCUCCAGUAACGGGGUACAUUGUGGAAAGAAGGAAGAAAGGCAGCAGCCUUUGGGUCCCAGUAUCCAAAGAUCUAAUUCAAGAUACGAAAUGCAAAGUGGAUGGCUUAUUGGAAGAUGCAGAGUAUGAGUUCCGUGUCAUCGCAGUGAAUCGAGCCGGGUCUGGGCAACCCAGCGGUGUUUCAAACUCAGUUGUAGCAAGAGAUCCCAUCAAGCCUCCUGGACUGGUGAAGGGUUUGCAUGUAGCUGAUUCUUCCAACUCCAGCAUUUCCUUGGCAUGGCAGCAGCCAGAUGAAGGUGACCCACCUUCAGGAUACAUACUGGAGAUGCGAGCUGAAGACACCAAGGAAUGGUCCAAGUGCACCAAGAUCCCAAUUUCUGGCACCAGCUACACCGUGGGAGGAUUGCAGGAGAGACAGAAAUAUUUCUUCCGGAUUCGAGCAGUGAAUGAGGCUGGAGUGGGAGAACCAAUCGAAUUAAAGGAAGGAGUUCCAGCCAUGCCCCCUCCAGCUGCUCCAAAGUUUGAUCUGAGUGCCAGGCUGAAGAAUCACAUGGUUGUUCGUGCUGGGACUGCGCUCUGUAUCCAUGCCUCCUUUAUGGGCUCCCCUCCGCCAACUGUGGCAUGGCAAAAGGAUGGGCUUACCACAAAGGGGAGAGAGAGCAUCACUAAAGGCAAGAACCACUCCCAGUUUCUCAUCAGCAGGACCAAACGCUCAGAUUCUGGACUCUACCGGAUUGUGCUCAGCAAUGACUACGGAGAAGUCCACUAUGACAUUCAUGUGCGAGUGACAGACUUCCCAAGGCCUCCUACUGACCUGCACCUGUAUGAGGAGGUGCCAAACACUGUAUCACUGAAAUGGAAACACUCUCCAGAUGUAAAGGAGGAUGGAAGUGGCCAUUACGUCAUCCUGAAACGUGACACUAGUACAGCCACUUGGUUCACGGCAGCAGAGACAGUUUACAGCAACAAGUACACUGUCACGGGCCUCCUUCCUGGCAGGAAAUAUUUCUUCCGAGUCAUUGCCCGCAAUGAAAUUGGUGACAGUGAUCCUCUAGAUUCAAAGGAUCCCUGGCAUAUCAACAAAGACAAAGAACUUUUCAAUUUCAAGAUAAAGGAAUAUCAUGAACGAGACUGGCGCCAGGCUCCCCGUUUCAUUACCCCACUGAAGAACCACGCAGUACGCCGAGGACAUGACUGUACCAUGAGCUGCGCUUUCUUGGGAAAUCCCCGUCCUGUGGUUACAUUGUACAAGGGCCAAGUCGACAUCACGGCCAAUUCUAAAUUCUGGUACAACUCAACCAGCGGUGUCUGCACACUGAUGAUCCCCACUUGCACUGCCAAGGACAGUGGAGAGUACUCCAUAUUGAUUCAGAAUGAGCUUGGGCAGGAAAAAUGCAGUGGCACGUUGACAGUAUAUGACAAAGAUGAUAAAAGCCUACUGGAUUCGGUGACUGACAGCCUGCAAAAGUCAAAACACCUCAUGUGAGCAACAUACACACAGAAAUAAAUUUUAUAUUUGGCUCAGCUUCAGAUAAUUCAGAUGUUUGAGUUUUGCUAUGCAAGGCUUAAGAACUAUAACUGUGUUAACACUUGUAGCCUGUAACUUAAAUAUGAUGCUGCUGCAAAGUUCAUUAACUAUCAGCCUUUCAAGAAGGGCUGUAGUUUGCCUUCAAAGCUUUGAGACGACAGAGAUAUGCGAGUAAUAAUAUUGCCAAUACUUAAGAGAUCUUUUACCUUGGAAAUAAAAGAGAGCCAAAUAUA